GGCGUCGGGCCAAAACCGACAGCCUGCAGUGUAAGCCCGCCAUUUUGUCGCGAGUGGUUGUUCGAUCGCGCUCCACGUGGGCCGUUGAAGAGUGUACGCAGAAACGCAGGAGGAGAUGAGUAUGCUUAGAAGUUGAAAACUUCGUCGUAAACGAGUUGAAGGAACUUCCAAACUUGGGCUUUGGAGGAGGAGCUAUGGCGGCGGCGCCGUGUCACAAUCCUAUCUCUGUGUCGUGGAAGGCAGGCUCAUGGCAGAGGUCAGAGCCGGAAUCGUUUCUGAGAAAGCGGGCGAUGGCGCACAAUGCCAUGGCUCCGUGGCGUCCAUUGGCUGCACCGACCAUCCGUUCAGCUCGGACGAGAUGCUGUUUCACGUGUCGGAGGAGUCAAAUGGCGACGGUCGAUGGGCUGCUGGGGAGGAAGAGACACGUCGUUCUCGAUGGCCAGCGUUGUGGCGUUGGAUCCCGAUCAUUGCGGUGGAGCCCUCACAAACUUGUCGCACAAAGAGAGGAAGGAAUCGUGAGAGUGCACUGCUGUGGCCAUGCACGCGAUAAAUCGAGCUCGGCACAUAUCGGUGCUUUGACAUGCAAGGUCGUGAGGAGGAGAAGCAAUGACAAUAGCAGAGAAGGGGCCUUCUUCCGUGGGCUUCGUUCUCUAUUUCAGAGAGUCCGGUGGGUUCAAGCAACUGACUCAAGUGGCCUGAAGGAGUUUGAGGAAGCAGAAGAAAAAGACACCCCUACAGAGAGUGCAAGCCAAGCAAUCCCAAAGCGAGUCAUUAAGAGCAAUGCCUGGUCCUCGAGGAAUCUUCCGGAGCCUUGUUUGCCAUUCUCUUUGAGUGAGACCAUGGAUGGCACCAUCACUGGGACUAUGGCUUUGAGGGGGACAAUGGCUGGGGUUGCUGCUGCAGUGGCUGUUAUGGUGGCCCUUGUUCCAGGCGCGCAAGCUGCGGAUCUCCUCAAGACCUGUGCCUGCCUUCUGCGAGACUGCAGAUUGGAGCUGGCGGAAUGCAUUGCUGACCCAAAAUGUGCUGCUAAUGUGGCCUGCUUGAACUCUUGCAACAAUCGCCCGGAUGAGACUGAAUGUCAGAUAGGCUGUGGAGAUUUGUUUGAAGAUGCAACGGUGGACGAGUUCAACAAGUGUGCAGUAUCAGAGAAGAAGUGUGUGCCAAAACGAGUAGACGUGGGGCUUUACCCUGUUCCGGCUCCGUCUGCAGUUGUCGAGAACUUCUCUGCCACAGACUUCGAAGGCAAAUGGUUUAUUUCAAAAGGGUAUAACCCCACCUUUGAUGCCUUCGAUUGUCAGCUGCACGAAUUCCAUGCGAAUGAUCCUCGCAGCCUUACAGCAAAGCUGCAGUGGCGGAUCACGACUCCGGAUGGUGGAUUCUUCACUCGAAUGGCGAUUCAGACUUUUGUCCAAGAUGAAAACCAACCGGGUCUGCUGCUCAACCACAACAACGAGUUCCUCCACUAUGAGGAUGACUGGUACAUCAUUUCAGCCAAGACUGAGAAAAAGCCAGACGAUUACAUAUUUGUGUACUAUCGAGGACGGAAUGAUGCAUGGGAUGGGUACGGAGGCGCUGUAAUAUACACAAGAAGCCGGACUGUCCCGAAGAGUGCAGUGCCAGCUCUGAGAGAAGCAGCAUCUAAGGUGGGUCUGGACUAUGACAAGUUUAUUACAACCGAUAACUCAUGCCGACCCGUACAGCCACUGUUCGCCCGAAUUGAAACCAAGAUUGAAACAGAGGUAAAGAAAGAAGAGGCUUUCCUAGAGAAGGAGCUGGAGUUGCUGGGAGAUGAAGAGAAAAUGCUGUUCCAGAGACUAGGUGAUGGUGCCAAAGAGCUGCAGAGAGACGAGCAGUUGCUACUGGAGUCACUCUCUGAGGAGGAAAAGGCCCUGUUGAAGGAUCUUCAAAUGGGUGCAAGCGAUAUCGAAAAACUCUUCGGGAAGGCAUUACCAAUUCGUAGGCUCCGUUAACCGUGUAGUCGUCACUCCGUACUGAGCCGCUGCUCAAAUGCAGGUAAUCCUUUCCUCAUUGUUUUUUUUUUUUUUUUCCCUUUUGAAAAAGUCCAUUUGUAUUGUUUGCUCCAAACCAGGUCCAUCGUCCCUUAUGAGCGUACCCACUUGAUGCUUCCUCCCGUUAUGGCCAGCGGACCCUAAUCCCGCCUAACAGAUUCAGUCCUUUUCUUCCCCCUUUCUUUCAGGGUUUAAGGGCAACAAGGUUUCUGCAGCUGGCAAGGUCUGCUUGAAGUUCUGACGUCAGGUGUACAGAGUGUGCUGCAAGGGGGGGCAGGGGGGGGGGGGGGGGGGGGGGUCGACACAGAAGCGGAAAUUGCAUGUGAAGAGAAUGUUUUGAUAUCAUUAUCAUUAUUGUAAUUAUUUUCUCUGGCUGCGCUUGUUUUUCUUUUAACUAAAGCAGAGAAGGAAAUGUCAUAAGUUGAAAAGCAAAGUGGAUUUUGGCCACGUAUAGAGUGUCGCCGGGUGUGAGAUAUAGGGACUACCUGUGUCCUGAAAAGGCCACUGUGACACUGUCUAAAUUGAUCUAUGGGGGUGUUUUCAUAAGUUUCCUGCUGUCUGCAACUGGGCAGUGGAGUGCUGCCCUGUUAACAGUGCUGUCUCUUAUACACAUCUAGAUGUGUAUAAGAGACAGGUCAUGAUGCUCGGAAAAUUAGGAGCUGUGGGCCAUAUUCACAAGAUAACCAAGCAUUUAUAGUAUGGGUUCACAGUGAGAUCCUCUGCUUUGAAGCCCUUUGAUGGGGUCUGCGCUCGCAGAUACAGGGUGCGGCUGGCUGAAAUGUGCUAGUCUCUUACUGUAUACAUUUUGUGUGCUAUAUGAUGAAUCAAAGCAAUGGGAUUGA